CCCGGUCCCGGUCCCACUCCCAGUCCCGUCACGGGUGAGGAUGAGCGGCGAGGACGGCAACGAGGAGUUCUACCAGCAGCUUCAGCUCCAGCAGCAGUACGGCGCCGAGCGCGGCGGCGGCGAGGGUGAGGGCGAGGCAGAGGCCGAGGCCGUCCCCGACCCCUUCACCUACGUGGACCCGGCCGACGGCGCGGCCUACGAGUGGGACCGCGAGAAGAAGGCCUGGUUCCCCAAGAUAACGGAAGAUUUUCUGGCAACGUAUCAUGCUAACUAUGGCUUCCAUGCAGAUGACACAGACAGUUCAUCUGCUUCUGGCACGGCAACUGACAGCAAGCUACCAGUAAGUUCUAAGACAUCAGAUGCACAACCAUUGGCAAAUGAGAAAGGACCAAAACAAACAGAUCCAAAACAAAAAUCAGAAAAACGGAAGCUUGAGCCGGGAUGGUUUCAUGUAGAAGAGGACAGAAACACAAAUGUUUAUGUGACUGGUUUACCACCAGACAUUACAAAAGAUGAAUUUGUACAAGUCAUGUCAAAAUGUGGUAUCAUUAUGCGAGAUCCUCAGACAGAAGAACACAAAAUCAAACUUUACAAAGAUAAGGAAGGAAAUCUCAAAGGAGAUGGCCUGUGUUGCUAUCUAAAGAGAGAAUCAGUUCAACUUGCUUUGAGACUUCUGGAUGAGGCAGAAAUUAGAGGCUAUAAAUUGCAUGUUGAAGUUGCAAAGUUCCAACUGAAGGGGGAGUAUGAUGCAAGCAAAAAGAAGAAGAAAUGUAAAGACUACAAGAAGAAGUUGUCUCAACAGCAGAAACAGCUGGAUUGGAGGCCUGAGAAGAAAGAUGGCGCAGCUCGAAUGCGACAUGAACGCAUCGUUAUUAUCAGGAAUAUGUUUCACCCAAAGGACUUUGAGGAGGAUCCCUUAGUGCUAAAUGAGAUCAGAGAAGAUCUACGGACAGAGUGUGAAAAGUUUGGUCAAGUAAAGAAGGUUCUUAUAUUUGAUCGACAUCCUGAUGGUGUGGCUUCUGUGUCAUUUAAAGAAGCAACAGAAGCUGAUCUGUGCAAACUAACUCUAAAUGGAAGGUGGUUUGGUGGCCGUCAGCUCAGUGCUGAAACAUGGGAUGGUGUAACAGAUUAUCAGGUGGAGGAGACUGCAAGAGAAAGGGAAGAAAGGCUGAAGGUGUGGGGAUCAUUUCUAGAGGAUCCUGAUGCGAAGGAGCAGCAAACUACGUCUGAUUCAGAUUCUGCAACAAGCAGCGUUAAAAUGCCUGAAGGCAGACAACCUUCAGAAGUUAAUGACACAUCUAAGGAGGAUGUAAAUGAUGAAGCCCAUAAGAGGGAAAAUAAUGGUGAGGGCAUUAAUGAAGAUGGUGCUCCAUCCACAGACAGCAGCCUCGCAGGCAGUGAUGUUGAAGCAGAUACAUAACAUUUUCAAUGCGUUAUGAAAGCAUGGUUUUUAGGGUGAUGUUUGAGUUUAUCCCUUUCUUCAGGGUGACUGCAGACGAUGUUCAUAUGAUACGCAUUACUAGAAUGUCACCAACUGUGUGCUUUGAAGUUUUCAUUAAAAGCAGUAUUUAAUGAGGUUCUAAAAGUUUGUAUUAAUUGGCUGUCGAGGUAAAGUAACUCAAGUUGCCAAGAAUACAGCAGAACUCAUCAGGCUUUUGUUCUAUCUAUGCUUGUCUGUGUUUCAUUAAGUAAGUGUAAAAUAUGUUCCAACACUAAAGUUUAUGUAACUAAAUAGAACUUAAGUAAUGCAGAGCUAUUACAAGACGUGGAUUUUGCUAUUAAUUUUCCUGUAGCCCUCAAAACUUGGUAUCUCAUUCUUAAAAUUAUUCUUGUCCUGAGUAAUUUUGAUCAUUUUAUGGAACAUAUGCUGUGAUACAUAUUGGGUGAAUGCAUUGGCUAUGUUGCUAUACAUGAAGUAGCAAAUGAUAGAAUAAUAUUAAGUUGCAAACUUUAAAGUUAAGUGGAAAACAAACAAGAUCUCUAUAGCCAACAUAAGGCAACUGAGUGAAGAUAGAUGGUUAAAUCACGGCAUUCAGUAAAUUAUUUUUCUUCUCCUGUUUAGAACUUUAUUGAUGUUUAGAUCUUCUUUUGAGGCUGGAAUUGUGUCAAGGAGACUAGAAAUGCAUGAACAAACAUUCUAGCCUAUAAUGAAAGAAGACUGAUCUUAAACUUAUGGUCUGUAUGCAGUAGACAUGCUUUCAAUUGUUUGACUUUUUUUUUUAGCAUUAGAGUAAGGGUUUUUGUUUAACUUAGUUAGGAUGAUGAGUAUGAGUUCUCUUCAACAUUUUGGUUUAGCCUUAAUGUGCCCUUCAAUGGGUAGUGGGGAGAUCUCCCAAAUUCCAUAAAACCUAAAGGCUUUUGGCAACUUGAAGUACAUUUUGUUGUGUAAAUGUUAGAAUACUUGAACACAUGCUUUAAAAGAAUAUUACUCUUUUCUAUGGGGAAAAAAUCAAAAGCUAGCCAUAUAUUGCUAGCUCUCUUAGAAAUAUUUCCCAAAACAAAGAUUUAGAAGACAUUCUAGCUUUAGAUAAGCAGGCUUUUGAGAAUAACUCCGGGGGAGCUGUUUUGGGCAUGGUCAUUCUUCAUUUAUAAUCCCAUUAUUUUGAUAUCUAAGGAUAUAAGAGUAAAGAUUUAAGGAAUUGUUUAAAAUAUUGGUGCUAAAUUCGUAGCACAUUGUUCGUAUGGAUGGCUGUUAAUACACGUUUGUAAGGAGGAUCUUUAUUUUUUUUAAUUCAUAUUGGAUUGCGAGAAACCAUAGAUGCUAAUUGUUAGGUAUGAUUCAAUCCUGAAGUAUUCAGAAUACUCUGAAAGUUGAUAUUUUCAAACUUUGUGCUCUGAGAUCACCAUCUAUAUUUUUUCCAGUGGUCUAUCUUGUACUCAUUUUUUUUUUGUAAUCAGUAUAUUUGGGUAGUUAUGGCAACCAGAGCAUCGAAGUUAAUACUUGUCAUUGCGGUUACAAAUUACAUCCUUUUGUGACAAAAUACAUGGUCUUACAACAGAUAUGGUAUUUGAAUUCUAGGUUUAAAACUCUGGGGGCUAAUUAUGACUUGGCAUGACAAAAUUCCAAUUUUAAUGAGCUGUAUUGUAAAGGAGAACUCUUAACACUUGCAAUCUAAAUAAGACCACUUUCUCAUCUUUACAAGAGUGUGAAUUGUACAUUUAAGCAAAGCAAGUGUUUGAACAGUUCAGGGAAUCUGAAAUACUGCUUGGUUUGUAGCUGCACAUGGUGGCAUAUUCACAUUACAUCUCUGGAUUGUGUUUGUUCUGCCUGGGAUUUUUAUUGGUAAACAACACCACAGACCUCUGAGGGCACAGAAAGAAUGUAAUUUAAUGUGGUGAAUACUGCUUUCAGUGCUCCUUUUUUCUUCCAGCUUCUAGACUCAAAGUUUUAGAUUUGUUAAACUAUUGUGUUCUGUUAGCUUUUUUUAAGAGAGCCUAGUCAUGCAACACUCUACACAGUUAAAUCACCUGUUUUACAGUGGAAUUGCUAUUGAUAUAGGGAAGCUAUUGACAAAUGUAUAAAUAUUGUACAGUUCUAUGAAGCCUUUAUCAUGAUAUCAAAUAUGAAAAAUAAGGUUAGUGUUUGAAAAAAGACUUUGAAAAAUAAAGAAUCAUUGCUUGUGCAGUAAUCUUCCUCUCUCCAGUUGAUGUACAAAUUUGAUUGGCUUGUUUCAAAAGUUAAACGUGAUGUUAGUUGCUUCACCUUUUCCUCUAGGCUUCAUGCUGAAGUAGAGCACUGACAAAGACUGAGACUAAAUGCUUUACUGGCUUUCCUAUUAACUAGGAUUCUUAAGAAAAUAAAAGCUGUUUUUCCACAAAAAUGUUGUGCUGAAGUGACAUUACACUCAAAUUGGUACUUUCUUUUGUCUACCUCUGCUAUUCCCCAGUAAAAUAUAAAAAUAUAUUUUUACAAACUAUUCAUUGAGUUACUGAGGCAUUUAAUGGCUCAUGGAGAGGUUAAUGCAGCUGUGACUUUCUUUUCAGCAUUGAGAUUGAAUUCUUUUGAUUUCCUUUUCUAAAUGAUGCAAGCUUUUACAAAUUAAUCUGAACAUAUAUUACAUUUUUCACAAAAGUUCAAAUUACUAUUUUUAAAGUAAGAUUAUAAAAAUUCUCAUAGUGUAGAGCAGUAUUGUUUAGUACUGAAUUUUAACAAAUUGGAAAGUGAACAAGCUGAGUUGCUUUUAAUUUUUUUUCUCUGAGCAUCAGCAUAAAUAGAUAAGUUAAAGGGUUAAAACCCCCUCACUGUAUUUUUUUCUUAAAUAAUCAAUUAUUUCUAAUGACUUCACUAAAGUGGAUCUUUCCUGAGAAUGCAGGAUUGACUUCAUAAUCUGUUUUGCUCAUCAGUAGCAACAAAAUCAGACUUUUUGCUCAGUUUCUAAUUGCCGUUGGGUUCUGUUCCAGUGUACUGCAUGUCCCUUCAUCCCUAGCCUUUUAGGGAGAGGUUCAUCUCAAGAAAAGUUGUCAAGUUGUCUCUUCCUCUCGGUAUUUUAUGAAAACAAUAACUAGCAGCAGGUUGAAACACUUUGCGGAUAAUUGUUGCUCAGUUUUGAACUAAAUAUGUGUUUCUGCUAAUUCGCAUAGUGUGACAAAUUGGAUGUGAAGCAAUUUAAAUCUAACAGCGGGGAAAGAAUAUCAACUAAUUGUUACUGCCGUGUAAUUCAGCAUAGGUGAUCACUUUCCUAACCAUGUAGUACAAAAUCAGUUGCUUAGAUUCAAGACAUACUGGUGGUUUGCUUUACAAUCAAGAUGGUAUUUAGUGGUUUGCUGGCAAGGUAAUUGUAUGGAAUUAAAAGUAUUCAUCAGAGAUUGUGUUUGAGGAGCGUGGCCAAGGCAGACAUCUAGAAACAAAAAGCCCCAAAAGAACAGGCAUGGAAGUUGCAGGCAUGGAAGUUGCAACAGGUUCUCGAAUGUGCAUAUGCAGCUGUAAAGAGAGUUAGUUUCAUUUUGCAUCAAAAUGUUUACCUGUUUCUCCUGCUGACUUUAUUACUUUUUUUUAAUUGAAUUUCAGUCCCUCAUACAACUUCCACUUUGUAUAGGAAUUGCAAUUCAUUUAAAAUCAUUAGUAUGUUAAAUGCAGUGCAUUUUAACUAAACUGUGUCCUAGUCAAUAUUCAGUUAAGGUUAAUCUAUUCAUAAUUUCAAAUUUAUUUAGCUUAAUUCACUUAAAGGUAUUGGAUGCUUCAUAGAAACCCAGACUUGCCUUUAAACUUCCCAGUAAAAAUCAGUAUUAUUACCCUGAAUUCUUGAACUGUAUAACCUAACCAAAUUCUUUAAAAAAAAAAAAAAAAAAAGGGCGGGGGGAAUUAGAUACCUAUAGAUCUUAAUUGGAUUUUAAAAUUUCUGAUUUGAGGCAACACACUGCAAUAUAACUAUGUAAGUUUUGUACUCGUGUUGAUUUGGCUUGUGUGUAUUUCAGUGCUCAUUAUACAGGGCUUGAAGUCUUACUGUCAUGAUACUGUUGAAAGUUCUGUAAAAUAUUUAUAGAAGUAUGGAAUCUUUUGCAGCAGAUUUUUUUUUUCUCAUUCUGUAAUAUCAAAGUAUAUUGUUAGAUUAAAAUUCACUAAGUUGACUUGGAUUUUUUCUGACAGGUUACUUUCUUUUGAUAAGCUAAAUUGAUCAUUUUCAGUUACCUUUUAGAAAAAAGUUAUUUCAAAAUAUUAUAUUUGAAUAAUUUCUAGACCUGUGACAGCAUCUGAAAAUCCCUUGAUUUGUCUUCAAUUUUGUUUCUUAAAGGGGUUGUGUUUUAUACUACCUUUUUAAUAAACAAACUCGUGAACAAAAA